UCAUAUUUUGUAGAAAAAGGCAAGAGUAGGGGGCAGCGUUCUGAAAUUCCUACUUGCGGGCGUGUGUGACAUUUUGAUGUAAAGUGUCUUUGAUGAUUUUCGUUAUGUAUCGAUUCAAUACGUAGAUAUUUCUAAUAAAUGGAGUUUACCAAAAAUAGUUCUACAAACUCUGUAUAAGAUAGGAAGAUAUGGAUGUGGCAGUGAUAGAAGUCCUUCAACAAGCGGGUAGUCAAGAUCCUAAUGUUUUAAAACCAGCUGAACAAACAUUAAAACAAUGGGAAACUGAAAGAGGAUUCUAUACUGCAUUAUAUAAUGUAUUUUCUAACCAUUCCUUGACUAUCAAUAUCAGAUGGAUGGCAAUUUUAUGUUUUAAAAAUGGAGUUGACAGGUAUUGGAGAAAGAAUGCACCAAAUGCAAUUGCAGAAGAUGAGAAAGAAUUCCUUAGACAACGUUUAAUAGAAAAUUUUGAAGAACCUGUAAAUCAGUUAGCUGUACAAUUGGCAGCUCUUAUUGCCAAAAUUGCAAGAUUUGAUUGCCCUAGAGAAUGGGGUACAUUAAUUCCAAGAUUAUUGGAUGUCAUAAGAGGACAAAAUCCUUUAGCACAACAUCGAGCACUGUUAACAUUACAUCAUGUUGUUAAAGCCUUAGCUUCUAAGUGUUUACUUGGAGAUCGACGGCUCUUCCAAGAAUUAACCGUUAAUGUGUUCAAUUUUAUUUUGAAUUUAUGGAACACAUACACUGAAUCCUUUCUUAUAAUGGCAUCAAAUGGAGCAGAUACAAGUCAGAUACAAGAAGCUUUAGAAAAAGCGUUACUUUUAUUAAGAAUACUUAGAAAACUUGUUGUAAAUGGUUUCAAUAAACCUUCAGAAUCUCAAGAUGCUAUGUUGUUCUUAGAAAUCGUUUUCGAACGCGCAAGAACGUGUCUUGAGUGUCGGAAAACAUUAAUUUCUAGGGGUAUACAGAUGGAGGUAUGCGAUAAAUUUAUCAUUCAUUUAACCAAAGUAUUGUUAGGAGUAUUAGAGAUACAUCCAUUUUGCUAUGUUGAGUUGAUACCAACAUCCUUAGAAUUUUCGGUUUUUUAUUGUUUUACUGAAGCUGGUCAAGCUUUAACAUUUGAGAGAUUCAUUAUACAAUGUUUGAACUUAAUGAAGGGCGUUUUAUUGUCGACGUACUACAGACCUGCUAAAGAUAUCGAAGACACAAAAAAUCCGUUAACAUUAAGAGCAAAUCAGUUGAGGCAAGAUUUUUUCACACCUGAAACAUUAACUGAAAUUUGUUCAAGACUCGUGACACAUUACUUUCUUUUAACUCCUGCUGAUUUGGAGUUAUGGGAUACAGAUCCAGAGAAUUUCGUUGUUGACGAUUGCGGUGAAUCAUGGAAGUACAGUUUAAGGCCUUGCACGGAGUCUUUAUUUUUAGCGAUUUUCCAUCGCUUUAGAGAAGUUCUUGCAACAGUGUUAGUCGGGUUGAUGCAAAGUCAUCAUCAACCUGUAGAUCCAAAUAAUUUGCAUGCUAUUCUAUUAAAAGAUGCAGUAUAUAAUGCAGUUGGUUUGGCUGCUUUUGAUUUAUAUGAUGAGGUAAAUUUUGAUCAGUGGUUUUCAACAACUUUAAAAGAAGAAUUGAAAAUUCAAAGUAAUAAUUAUAGAAUUAUUAGAAGACGUGUAUGUUGGCUUAUUGGCCGAUGGACAAGUGUAAAAUUAAGUGCAGAACUUAGACCAGAGUUGUACGAGCUUAUGGUUGAAGUUCUAAGUCCUGAAGAAGAUUUAGGUGUCCGUUUGGCAGCAAGCGAUGCAUUGAAACUUGCAAUAGACGAUUUCCAAUUUAAUCCGGAAGAAUUCUCUCCUUAUUUAGAGCCAGCGUUUUCUUUAUUAUUUUCUCUUUUGAAAGAAGUAAAAGAAUGUGAUACGAAAAUGCAUAUUUUAUACGUGUUAUCGUUUAUGAUCGAACGUGUUGGUAAUGAAAUCAAUCCACAUGUUGGAGCGCUUAGUUCAUAUCUGCCGGCUCUUUGGCAACAAUCCGAAGAACAUAAUAUGUUAAGAUGCGCUAUUAUUUCAACACUUAUACAUCUAGAAAAGGCAUUAGGCCCUGACAGCGUUGUUCUGGAACCACUGGUAGUAGGUGUCAUUGCAUUAAGUUGCGAUGUUAACCAUGAAAGCCAUGUUUAUUUGUUAGAAGACGGGUUACGGUUGUGGUUAACUUUAUUGGAAAACGCACCUGCACCAACACCAGCCGUAAUGGAUUUGGCUAAAAAUUUGCCCGCUUUAUUAGAACAAUCCUACGAAAACUUAAAAUUAUGUCUGUACAUAGUUCAAGCAUAUGUAGUAUUAAAUCCUCAAGAAUUUUUAAGUCAAAGGGGAGCACUCAUAAUCGAAACGCUUAGGUCACUUCUAGGAGAUCUACGAGCAGAGGGAAUAUUAAUGAUUAUGAUUGUACUUGAAAUCUGCUUAUGUGCUUCACCCCGACAAAGUGCAGAACUGAUUAAACCUGUUUUAAUAUAUAUAUUUGAGAACGCAUAUAAAGGCGAGGACUCUAUAAAGUUGAUGACUAUGUAUUUAUCUAUUAUAGCAAGAGUUUUAUGGUUUUAUAAAGAUAUUUUUAUACAGAUAAUAAGUGAAUUGACGAGAAAAGUGGCCGGAAAUGAAGGAAGGGAGGAAGCUGUACUUGGACAAAUAAUACGUGUAUGGGUUAACCGAAUGCCAUUUACUUUUCAGCCAGAAAGACGUAAAUUAUUAGCUCUUGCACUCUGUUCACUCCUUGGAGCGAACAGUCCUCCUAGCGUUCUUCAACACUUCCCACUAAUAAUAUCUAAUAUCGUCGAAACUCUUAAUGAUAUGACUAAGUAUGAUAAUAUAGGAUACGAUAUCGAACAUGCUAUUGAUUCUUUAUCGCUUAGUGGACAACCAAGUCCAUCGCAAUACGAGGACGAAGAUUAUGGAAAUAAACACGAACAGCGGAAAAAAAGGCUUGCUUUCAGUGAUCCUUUAUCUCGUGUAUCUUUAAAAGAUACGUUACAAAAUCAGUUAAUUGCACUGCGCAGGUUAGUUGGAGAUAAUCAGUACAGCCGAUUAAUGUUAACUAUUAGUCCUGAAAUUGAGGAACAACUUAAACACUACGUAUCUAUAUGAAAAAAAGAGUAAGUCAAGUUAAAAAACAAAAAAAAAAAAAUAUUAAAUUAAGCG